CACGCACACACGCAUAUUGCCUGCACAGACAACACGGACACACAGACACAUAAGCAGGGCCUCUAAUGCCAUGGCUGGGUUGUGUGUACGGCUUGCCUAGGUCUAUGUCGGUAUGAUUCAUGUGAGUUGUAUGGCGAUGAAGAUGGCCAGCAGGAGGGAGGAUACGGCUGACAGUGCCUUUGACGAGAAGGCCCCGCUGAGGUAGUAGGGGUCUGACAUCGGGUACACCACCAACUCCUGCAGUAAGUGAGCAGCGCACAAACAGACAAACAGACACAAAACAGACGCCCAAAUCCGUGGUUGCUGCUGCCUGUGUUGUGUUGUGUGCCCCGCCCGACAGACCGACACGACAUCUACGCUGACACAUCCAUACAUACCUGUGGGUAGCUCUUGCCCGACUGCGACUCGACACCGACGCGAAGUAUCACAUACGACUCCCUGCACACCACACAACAAACAGCACGGAUGCCAGUGCUGAAAUCAGUCGGGGCGACGCCGUUCGUUCCCCCAGUACUUACUUGUUAAGGCACACGAUAGGUGCACUGGCAAUCUCUUCGCCGCCUUCACUGCUCAACACAGCCCUGAAAAAGUCGAAUGCUUGUCGGCCUGUUCAUUCAGCGCCCCUCCCUCCCUCCCCAUGUUGCGUGCCUGUAUCGUCCCUCAUUGACGGCCACGACAGAGUCGAACCUCAGCUCCUCAGACCGAGACGACUUGGAGUCAGGAUGGUCGUCUAUGGACAAACGAGCCUUGGCGCUGCCCUGCACACACACACCGACACACACACCGACACACACAGAUACGUCUGUCUGCCUGUCUGUCUUUGCAUCUCUCGCCAUCAUGCCGGCUCGCUCACCUUGUAAGUGUCGAUGAUGGCGAUCUGCGCGUUGAGGAGGUUGGCGUACACGUGUGGCUCGAACGACACGGCAGUCGACAGGGUGUCGUGGCGGUAGAUAACCAGCAGCAGCACCGCAUCGUGGGGCGGCAACUCGGCCACCGAGAAGGUCCCCGCAUUCGUAUCUGCCCGCACACACACACAGACAGAGAAUCUGAUGCACUUGCCCGCCGCGUGUGUGUGUGUGUGUGUGUGUGUUGGUCCCCCCGCCGCCAUGCAAGCAGACAUACACACCAUCCACAGUGAAUUCAAUUUUGUCCCCCAUUGCAAGUCGGCUCUCGAAGUCCUUGCAGUGCUUGUAGGGCAGCGGAGCGUCCUUGGUCAGCUGUGUGUUUUUGUGGUAGAUGUCGAUAGCCGCCUGGUAUGGGUAGGCAUUGCACACGCGGAGGCGGUACUCGAAGCCCAUCUGCUUGGUCACGGUGUGGGCUGUCGACGUGGCCACUUGCUUGGUGUGGCGGUGGUGGUGGUCGGAGUGUUGCUGGUGAAGAGCAUAGGCAUUCUUGGGCGAGGCCACAGAGCGGAGGACGGCUGCAGAGCUCUGCACACAAAGGAUGAGUGCCAUGGGCGGAUGGACGGAUGGAUGGACGGAUGGAUGGAUGGAUCUGUUCCUGUUUGCUGACCCCCGCCUGGUGGGUGUUGGCGCCUUGGGCAACGGUGCGAAAGAGGGCGGUGAAGACGGCGAAUGCUCCUGUCAGAAACAUGGCCCGCCUUUUGACACACUCUGGCGCUGACGCCGCUCAG